AUGACAGCACCAACGUCUUCGCCGCCGCCGCAGCAGCAGGCGGCGCCGCCGGUUACGGCCAUCGCGCCGCCGGCCCUGGUGCAGCCGGCGAUGUCGAUGCCGCCGCCGGUGUCCCCAGGCACAGCGGUGCAGGCGGCGGCGCGGCUCGGGCAAUCGGCCGUGCCCGGCGGGCAGCGCAUGGAGGUGCCUGGCGGGCAGCAGCUGGCCGGCGGGCAGCGCCUGGAGUCUGUCGGGCAGCGCCCCACCUUCUCUGGGCAGCGCCUUGAAUCCCUGGCAGGCAACCUGGGGAGCAUGAUGGCGAGCAGCAACAACACGCUGGACAACAUGCGCGCGCUGGGCAGCAUCAGCAGCGGCGGCGUUGUGCCGGCCGCGAUGCAGCUGGCGCAGCGCGGCGCAAUGGCCGGCUACCCGGCAGCCAUGCUGCAGCAGCAGUACCUGUCCUCCAUCCCAUGGCUCCUGCGCAUGCAGGCACGCACUCUCUUCUAUCUAAUAUGUGACACUCUGUUGGAUCUGGGUGGUGCCCAGCAGGCAAUGUUCCCGGGCGGCCAGCAGCUGGAUGGCGCUGCGCAGGCUGCGGCCCAGAUGCCGCUGAGCAUGCCGGAGGGCGAGGCCAUGUUGAACACCAACUCCAUAUCCAGCAAGUCCGCCGACCAAGCCGGCUUCCCACAACUGUCCAAGAAGCGGAAGAGCUCGUCUGGCAGGACGAUGUCUGGCGUUAAUCUGAAUGGGGACCUGUCACAGAAGUACUCGCUGUCCCAGUCCGAUGACGACGACGACAACACCAGGGCAGACGGCGAGGAGGAAGGCGACAUGGACGACAAGGUGAAGCGGCGGCUGGCGCAGAACCGCGAGGCCGCGCGCAAGUCCCGCCAGCGCCGCAAGGCAUACGUGCAGAACUUGGAGGAGGAGGUUCGGCAGCUGCGCACGGGCAAGAUACCGCCGCAGACUCUCGUGGCGCAGUCGUCGUCGCUGGGCACGGGCUCGCUGGGCGGCGCGGCAGCGCUCGGCCUGGGCCCAGACGCCGGCUCCCUCUUCUCCGCCAUGCUCCACCGCCUGCCCGCCGGCAGCCUCCCCGGCGCAGGCGACGCCCUGGCGCAGCAGAACCACGAAGUCCUGCAGGCGUUCGACAAGUGGCGCGCGGAGCACGUGGCGACGGUGCUGGCGGUGCGGCAGGCGGUGAACGAGGGCGCGGCGGACGCGGCGCUGCGGCCACUGAUUGAGGAGGCUCGCAGCCAGCUGUGGACGCUGUUCGCCAUGAAGAAGGCCGUCGUCUGCUCCGAGUCUGUCCUCCUCAUCAUGAACCUGGAGCACCUCCUGCCGCCGGAGCGGCUGUAUGCGUGGCUGGGCGGCCUGCGCGCGAGCAACGCCUGCAACGGACUGCUCACCAAGCUGGCCGACCUGGGGCUGGGCACCCAGCAGCGCAUGAAGCUGGAAGCCCUGCGGGAGUCGCUGCUGCAGCAGGAGAACAGCCUGGGGCGGGGGUAUAGCGAGGUGCUGGCCGAGCUGGGGGCACGCGCUGCCCAGCAGCCCGUCCUCCUGCCCGGCCAGCUGCCCGACAAACGCGUCUGGGACUCCCCAGACAUCCUCGGCAAGCUUGACGCCAUGCGCAUGACGCUGCUGCGCGGGGACAAUGUGUGGGAGCAGUUCCUGGAGCAGACGGAGGGCUUCCUGUCCCUGCGCCAGUACGGCGUGGCCGUCACCGCCCUCAUGGAGACCUCGCUGCAGCUGCAGAACCUGCAUCUCCCCUGGCUGCAGCUCCUGCGCCGCCCGGCCGGCGAAUGA